UGGCAAUUGGCCAAAAAAAGGACCACCUCUAAAGUUCAGGGUCAUAUAAGGUUUUAGCUUUAACCUCCACAUUUUCACCUGCAAGAUGCAUCUGACCCACUCCCUGCUGAUCCUGCUCCUCAGCCUCCCAGCCCUUCUGUGUAACCGGGCUGUGUGGCAGUUCAGGGGGAUGAUCCUCUGCACUAUACCUGACAGCUGGCCCUUAUUCCACUUCUCUAACUAUGGCUGCUACUGUGGGAUGGGAGGCUCUGGCACACCUGUUGAUGAGCUUGACAGAUGCUGUCAGGUCCACGACCUCUGCUUCAAGGAGGCUAUGCAGAAAGACGAAUGCUGGUUCAUCUUGGACAACCCUUACACUGAACUCUACAGCUACAGGUGUGACAAGGCCACCGAGACCAUCACCUGCCUGAAUAACAACGGUCCCUGUGAGAAGUUCAUCUGUGAGUGUGACAGGACAGCAGCCAUGUGCUUCGCCAAGGCAGGUUAUAAUAAAAUAAAUAACAAUCUUCACAGCAGCCGCUGCAAGUAAGCUCAGGGAGAACAUGCUGAGGACUGUGUCAAGAAGUCAUCCUGCAAAGAUGGACUCCAGUUAUGUUGCACUUCACUGUCUGAAUGCUAUAAUGUGGACAAGUG